ACGCACACAAAACGAGAUCACUCCAGAAUAAAACAAUGGAAUACAAACUGUAGACAGUUUGUGAACGUCCACGACACGUUUACAGUUUAGUUUGUAUUAUUUCCCUCGUAGCUAGCUUAGCUUAGCUAACGCUAGUUUAGUAGCCACUUCCGGUUGUUAAUUCUGUCAACUUCCGAGGCGAAAGGAGGAACCAGUUGUGGGCAACUUUUAGCUUUCACUUGGGAGUGGGGACAUGGAUAGAAUAAAUGUGCCCCACGCGGGCCCCACGGACCUGCCGCUGGCCCUGCUGGAGAUGGGAUGCUCCGGCAGGUUUGAGCUCAUCACACACCCGUCACCUGACCAGCCAUUACCUCCACAGAGCACGCUCCCGCAUGGGCUUCCUCCCACCAGCCUGAGCCUGGAGAGAGAGGUAGAGAAACAGUUUUUACGGGACGCUGCCUGGCUUCCAAUACAUGACACAGACUUUGCCUUCCAGAGGUUUCUCAAGGUGACUCAGAGAGAAGUUAAUGUCGACUCUCUAAUCAACUGCACCCCGUCUGCACUUCACUCCGGCAUCUCUGUUGUCAGAGAUCCAACCACAGGGAUGCUGCUGGACUUCACAGAGGUGUUACUGGAGGACACUGGUCUGUCAGCAAAGAACUCUCUUUCAUUACAACGCCAGCCCGGGCCUCCUUCAGAGAGCCUUCGAGGAAGCAACACCAACUACCCCUUCCGCCCCGGAGGAAUGGAGGAGCUUACUCUGGACCAAAUCAAGAAUAAAUCUGAUCUGGAGGAGGACAUAGACUUUGAGAAUGAUUUACUCAGAGUCCCGCCUGGACUUAAAGCUGGGAUGGACUUCACUGACAAAGAUUCCAAGAUAGCAAAGGCAGAGGUCAACCCCAUUUCCCUCCUGUCCACAUUGGAUGACAUCGCUGACUUGCAACCUGUGGCAGAGGAGAAGGAGGAGGGCAAAGAAAACGAGGACGCUCCCAAACUACCCAGAACAAACAGCCUUGAAGACCUGGGAGUCAAGGAUGUUGUGUCAUCCUCGACUCCCUCAGAGAGAGGAAAAGAUGAGAAAUCAAAGCCAAAAGAGAACCCCAAGGAGAAUAAGAAGUGGGCCGUCCCUGUCAACAUAAACACACCCUGCGAUGAUUUCUAUAAACGCAUCCCCAACCCAGCUUUCAAGUGGCAGUUUGAGCUGGAUGUCUUCCAGAAGCAGGCCGUGCUGAGGCUGGAGGCUCACGACUCCGUGUUUGUAGCCGCGCACACAUCAGCGGGCAAAACAGUGGUGGCCGAAUACGCCAUCGCCCUCUCACAGAAACACAUGACGAGGACCAUCUACACCUCUCCCAUCAAAGCCCUGUCCAAUCAGAAGUUCAGAGACUUUAAAACCACCUUUGGAGAUGUUGGCCUCCUGACGGGCGACGUCCAGCUCAGUCCCGAGUCUUCGUGUCUCAUCAUGACCACUGAGAUACUCAGGUCCAUGCUUUACAACGGCUCAGAGGUCAUCCGGGACUUGGAGUGGGUGAUCUUUGACGAGGUUCACUACAUCAACGACACCGAGAGAGGAGUCGUGUGGGAGGAGGUUUUGAUCAUGCUCCCCAAUCACGUCAGCAUCAUUCUCCUUAGCGCCACGGUGCCAAAUGCUGUGGAGUUUAGUGAGUGGAUCGGUCGGAUAAAGAAGAAGCAUAUCUACGUGAUCAGCACAAUGAAGAGACCUGUGCCUUUGGAGCAUUAUCUGUACACUGGAAACAGCACCAAGACUCGGAAUGAGAUGUUCCUGCUGCUGGACCCUACAGGAAACUUCCUCACUAAAGGGUACUACGCAGCUGUCAAUGCCAAGAAGGAGCGCACCAGCAAACACGCCCAAUCGUUUGGCGCCAAAAGUACUUCUCACAACACCACAGCUAGUCAGGACCGAUCGGUGUGGCUCACUCUCCUGCACUUCCUGUUCCAGCGGCAGCAGACACCGGUGGUCGCGUUCACCUUCUCGCGGACGCGGUGUGACGACAACGCCCGCUCGCUGGACUCCAUGGACAUGACCACCUCUAUAGAAAAGGCUGAGAUUCACUCUUUCUUCCAGAAGAGUCUGAGUCGCCUCCGAGGAGGAGACCGAAAGCUGCCUCAGAUCUUGGUCAUGAGGGACCUGUUGAAGAGGGGAAUAGCAGUCCAUCACAGCGGGAUCCUGCCGAUACUGAAGGAGGUCAUCGAGAUGCUCUUCUCACGAGGUCUCGUGAAGGUGCUGUUUGCCACCGAGACGUUUGCUAUGGGAGUGAACAUGCCCGCCAGGACUGUGGUGUUCGACAGCAUCAGGAAACACGACGGGACCGGCUUUAGAAACCUGCUGCCAGGUGAGUACAUUCAGAUGGCGGGCAGAGCAGGCCGGAGAGGUCUGGACGCCACGGGCACCGUCAUCAUUCUGUGUAAAGCCGGAGUUCACGAGAUGGCAGAUCUGCAUGUCAUGAUGCUGGGUAAACCUACCACCCUCCAGUCCCAGUUCAGACUGACCUACAGUUUCGAUAUCACCGAACCUGCAUGUCCUCAGACUGUGGGGCAUGUUCCUGAUCUUCUCCUGUCUUUCUCUGCACGCCAGGUGUCCAGUGCCGCCGUGAAUCGCACCUUCACAGCUCUGGUCAUCUGCGAGAAGGGCAACGAGGAAGAGGAAGGAAAAGCAAACAACAACAACGCUUUCCCUCACCUCUACAACACGGCGCUCUUCAUACCUGAAGGCCCUUGCAGCCACACGGUACAGAAGUUGACGCUUCAGGACAUCUCAGCCAUCACAGUGAAAACCCUCAAAGUGAUUCCGGACAGGAUCAUCGACAACUACAGCAAGAGGCAGCAGCCACGAUUCAGGCUCGACCCUCCCGGCCAAGCCAUCUCCACGGCGACCCAGGAGCUCCUGCGAUUGGCCGAGGCCAACCCCAGCGGCAUGGCGACCCUCGACCCCGUGAACGACCUCCAGCUGAAGAGCGUCGACGUGGUGGAGGACUCCAUGAGGCUCCGCGUGCUGCAGGGCAGCCUCAGAGAGUUCAACUGCAUCCACUCGCCCACGUUCGCAGAGCAGUUUGCUCGGGUCGAGGAGAGGAUGAAAGUGCAGGAGGAGCUGGACAGGCUGCUGUUCCUGGUGUCAGACCAGUCUCUGUCUCUGCUGCCUGAAUACCACCAGAGGAUCAAGGUGCUGCAGGCCCUCCAGUACGUCGACAGCGGCGGGGCGGUGCAGCUGAAGGGCCGCGUGGCCUGUCAGAUCAGCUGCCACGAGCUGCUGCUGACCGAGCUGCUGUUCGAGAACGUCCUGAGCCCGCUGGCGCCCGAGGAGAGCGCCGCCCUGCUGUCCUGUCUGGUAUUCACGCAGAAGACGCAGGUGGAGCCGCACAUCACCAGCACACUGAAGGAGGGCAUCGAUCGGGUGCUGUCCACGGCCAAGCGUAUCGGAGAGCUGCAGAGGGAAUGUGGGAUACCACAGACAGCUGAGGAGUUUGUCGGCCAGUUCAAGUUCGGCCUGACAGAGGUGGUGUACUGCUGGGCCAGAGGCAUGCCGUUCGCAGAGAUCGCCCAGCUGACGGACGUCCAGGAGGGCACGGUGGUCCGCUGCAUCCAGCGCCUGGACGAGGUGCUGAAGGAGGUGCGACAGGCCGCACGCAUCGUGGGAGACUCCGUCCUGGGGAGCAAGAUGGAGAAGGCGUCCCUGGCCAUCCGCAGGGACAUCGUCUUCACCGCCUCCCUCUACACCCACUGAGAGAUGGAGAGGGCAAAUGAGAGUGAAGUGCUUCUUGGUGUGAACGGUGUGAGAGAGAUGGAGAUACAUGGGGGCGGUGUAUAUGUUAAACCAGUGCUGUAUGUGCCCACAAAACAUGUCAAUGUUUACAUGCAAAUCCCAGACCAGUGUAGAAGGGAAUGUUUUUAACCAACAGACCAAAAUACAAAAUGUGGGAAUGAACGUGAAAAGACCUGGAUUGUAAUUUAUUGUACAGUAAUAAAAAAACAAACUGUAUUCCAAAAA